AUGUACUAUGUGGAAGGGAGCGCACAGAGCACAUGUGCCACCCGGCCGGCUUUCGGACGUACCCCACGUACAUACCUAGUACACUAUCAGGGCAAUCUGCCAGGUAAGCUCGGAGCGGGGUGGACAGUGGACACUGCUAAGGUGCAACCACAAAGAAGAAUCCAGUACGCAUCCGCUACGAUUCGUCGAGCACCUUCCGACAACGGCUGGGCAUCUGUGCUUCUCCGCUUGUUUAGAAAGCCCUCCGGCCUGGUUGGUUGCUCCCUCUCCCUGACUUUUCGCCGUGUGCUGGAUGGUCGACUGGCCGGGCGGUCCCCCGAUCUCGGGGCUUCCCGAGUUUCCGCCAGCUCAUUCUUUGAGGUCAUCACCUUAUCAAGCACAGUGUAUGGUCUCACCUUGCUUAGAGGUACUACUACUCCGUAUAGUGAGCUGGAAUCUGAGGAAGCGUCCCUACAAGGAGUAGGUGUAUACUACGUAGUACCUAUGUUCGUCUCCUGA